AUGUCCAAAAAUAAAAAAGGUAUAGUGUGGGAAGACCGCGAAGUGCUAUUCGAUUUGCCAUUUGAAUACUUGAAACUGCGCUCCGGCGAAAAGAUUUUCGAUAGAAUCGAACCGAUAGAAGAUACGAAAGGUAACUGCGGGGUCAAAGGUCGAAUGAUAGUAACAAACCUAAGGGUGAUAUGGCAUUCCUUAUCAUCACCUAGGAUUAAUCUAUCUAUCGGUUUAAACUGUUUCAUAUCCACAAGUACAAAAACCGUUACCUCCGGCCUUCGCGGCAGCACCCAGGCGCUGCACGUGCAAGCUGGGUUCAAGAAGAAUAGAUACGAAUUUGUCUUUACAAAUUUGUCUCCUAACUGCGUACGCCAUUACACCACUGUGAUUGCCGUUCAUAAAGCUUAUGCGGGAUCAAGGCUUUAUCGUGACUUAAAACUUCGAAGCGCAAUAAUUCAUAACAAACAGUUACGCAUUCUAUCCCUAGAAAAGAUAUGCCUUAGUGAGUCUGGAAUUUGGAAUUUAUCAAGUGAAUCAGGCAAUUUGGGUACGAUGGUGGUAAGCAAUAUCAGGAUUGUGUGGUACGCGGAUAUAAAUGAAGCUUUUAAUGUCUCCAUGCCGUACAUAACAAUCGAAAGUAUUACAAUUCGAGACUCAAAAUUCGGCGACGCCCUAGUGAUCCAUGUACGCCCUACAUCCGGGGGCUAUGUGCUAGGCUUUAAGGCUGAUCCUAAGGGGAGACUUCCCGCACUUCUGGCUGAGCUGCAGGCAUUGCAUCAAGCGUAUACAGAAAGACCAGUCUUUGGCGUUGAAAUGAAUUGGAAUCAUGAGGAGCCACGACCCUUGAAUGAAGAUAUUGAAGAAUUGGAAGAAAUAGGGGAACCGCGGGGAGAAAUGGGACCUACUCUUUAUUUAGCUUCACACUUAGCUCAAAACAAUGAAGAGUCAAGUAAUCAACCAGUAUAUAGUCCUUAUUUGGGACUGGCAAUCGAACCCUUGAAAGAAGGAAUUACUUUGAAAAGCUUAUUCGAAGUUCAAACGGCAAAUUGAAUAUUUAAAUGAUUAUGUUUAUGAGA